AUGGACAUCAAACGGCUCAAGAGCAGUCAUACCACAUACCCGUACCCGGCUGUCGAUGACGCUGAUCAAGAUCUGGACCGCCGCCCGGAGGCGGAGAAGCGUGAAUGGGAGCACCGUCUGAUACAAAGAACCGAUUCAAUGGAGUGGGGCACUGGUGAGAGGGCAUCCUUGCGGGCUGGAUUAGAGCCGAUGACUACAAGGGACAACGAGAGACUCCUCCGAACGCAUCAUAGAUCCCUAUCGAAAGCCUCAAUCGUAUAUAUCACAACUUCGCCCUUCGGUAGACGCAUUUGGUUGAUAUCAUGCAAUGUACCUGACAUCACAGCUGGCGGGCUGGACAUCCAUAUUCUCCCCGCAGGUUAUCCACUGAAGAGCCCUCUCAUACCGGCCCCAGCAGCACAGUUCAUACUGGCGCAGAGCCUGGUGAAGGGACAGAUCAACCCACGAAGAUUUCUGACAGAACAAGACCUGGAGUCGUUGCGCAUCCUGUUCCCGAAAGCAAUCGGGGCCCAGUUACUGAUUGCAGGAUUCCUUCGCAUGUUGUUCAAUAGCAUCGCAGAUGUGGAGCGGACCCACAACCUCGGCUACCCGGGUGAGGUGGGAGGGCUUGUUGUACUUCUAGAUACGGCAACGUUUAGUGCAACAGCACAGAAUAUCGAAUCGGGUGCAGUCGUCUCGGAUACAGAGGCAAAAUCAGUUGGGUGUUUGGGGUUGAAGUUGAAAUUGCCAGGAGGAAACACGGUUUUAACGACGGUGACCCACGCUUAUGUGCGCAAUCCUGCGUUGUCGGUGGUUCUUAUGCGUGUUGCAGAUUGGGUGAUUCGGGCAAAGAACGCACUCUAUCGUUUCCGAAAUCCCCACUUAGACCGGGAUUCUCGCGCAUACGGUGUAUCGGAGCAGAGCCUGUCCAAUAAUCCGACGGGCAAGGAUAUUCUGCUCUUUAAAAUGAACACAAAGGUAUUCCUCAUCCGAGAGCCAUACACUCUCCUUAAGGAGUCAUACUCAACAUUAUCAUAG